ACUCGCGGGAGUCGCGGGUAGUGCCGCAGUUAGCAGGUAGUUGCCUGAGAUUCGUCACUAGACUCCUACUGUUAUCGCCAGUUGUCACAGCCAGGCACAUUGCUCAACCACCGAGCGGCGUCUGCAAAUAGUGAAGUCUAUUGAGAGGAAUCAAAAUGUCACGUCUCGAGGUAGCGUUGCUGCUGAUUUGUCUUCACGCGGGAUACGUUUAUGGUGGAUUAUUUGAUUGUAACUUCGAAUUUUUGGAAAGGGAUAUUUUGGACCACAUGGUUUUUACAUGCCCAAGGUUAUUUGAAACAAGGGAAAAACAAUACUGCUGCGUCGAUGUGAUGAAUAAAAGGAAUUAUUGCUGCACUUUUUUGGAAUUUAUGCAGACAACUGGACUCGGUUUAAUUCUUCCUUUAGGAAUUGCAGGGAUUGUAGUUGUUUGCCUAUUAGCAUGCUGCAUAUCUUGCUUCUGCUGCAGCUGCUGUCCCUGGUAUCGCCGUAAUCGAGGGACCAUCUAUGGAAACAUUCAGACACCUAUUGUGCAAGUAAUUCAGUCCCCGGAAAAUGUUCCACCAAGCUAUACUAGCCAACCUACUCAAAAUAUUCCACCAAGCUAUACUAGUCAACCUACUCAAAAUAUUCCGACAAGCUAUACUAACCAACCUACUCAAAACUAUGUUUCACCAUAUCCAACGAAUUCGACAGCAAUGCCGCAACCUCCACCAUACACCGACGAGGCGUACGCUAAACAGGCUCCAUACAAUCCUGCUUAUUUACAUCUACAGUGAUCUUUCAAGUUGUAGUUAUCAUAACUAAUGAUUAAUGAUGGAGGAUUUGUGAUUCCUUUCUAUCGUUCAAGCGAUUCUCGUCGUCAGUCUCGAAUUUACGAACGCCAGUACAGAAAAAAAAAUUGUGUUCAUGGUAUUAUCGCAUCACAAUUGCGAUUUGUGCUUGUGCAUACAUGCAUAGACAAUUUAUUCGACCAUAAAUAUUCGCACAAACUUUUUACUGUUGACAAUGCAUUUUUCUUCCUCGAUAUCUUUCUAGAAAAAUGCUCAAUACUUUUAUUAUACUUUUACAUAUAUUUGUUAGACAUAUACGUAAUUC